AUGAGCGACAGCGAUGAUUUCGAGGUCGAGGGGCCAGAGCUGGCGGCCGAUGAUCCUAUGCGAGCUUUCCUGCCCACGUCAUUUGGGAAGAAGUCAAAAGACGCCGACAUUGCCGCGCAGAUAGACCGCAGCCGGAGGACCGCGGAAAAGCCAAAAGACCAAGCACAGGUGAACGAUGAAGGAUCCAAAGGAGGCUCGAAAUCUGAUUCUGAUGGCGACAGCGACGACGACUCGGAUGACUCGUCCGACGACGACGACGAAGAUGAAUUCCCUGUCUCUCACGAGCUCGUCCUCAAGACCCACGAUCGAACCGUGACGAGCGUUUCCGUCGAUCCCUCAGGCUCGAGGCUAGCGACUGGCUCUUUGGACGGCACCGUCAAACUCCACGACUUCGCCUCCAUGACGCCGACUACCCUGCGCGCUUUCCGAAGCAUUGACCCAUGGGAGACCAAGAGCUCUACCACGGCGGCAGAGUCAUACCCCAUAAACCUCGUCAAGUUCAAUCCGCUCGCAGGCGGCGCACUAUUGUGUAUCUCGUCGCAUCCACAAGCCAAGAUCUUGUCGAGGGACGGAGAUAUCCUGACGGAAUUCGUGAAAGGAGACAUGUACUUAAGGGACAUGCACAAUACAAAAGGCCACGUAUCUGAGAUCACAACUGGCACAUGGCAUCCGACCGACAGGAACCUGUGCGUUACUGCCGGGACGGACAGCACAUUGCGGAUAUGGGACAUCAACAACAAGCGCAGCCAGAAGGACAUUAUCGUCUUCAAAUCCAAAGCGGCAGGCACAGCGGGGCGGACGAGGAUGACUGCAGUGGCCUGGGGUGCGCCGGCCCAAGGCGGCAGCAACGUUCUCGUCGCAGCUGCGCUGGAUGGGUCGUUGGUGAUGUACAGUGGCAAUGGCCCAUUCACGAGACCCGCCGCGGAGGUACGAGACGCCCACAAGGCAGACACCUGGACAGGCGGCGUGGACAUCAGUUCAGACGGUCGAAUGGUCGUGACACGCGGUGGCGACGGCCUGAUCAAGCUUUGGGACACGCGCAAGUUCAAACAGCCUUUGGUGUCUGUCGAGCACCCUUCUACGUCGGACAGGUUCUCAAUGACCAACAUCAAAUACUCACCCAACUCGACGGCAAUCAUCACUGGGUCAGCAUCUGGCCAUCUUCACAUCCUCAACCCUGGCAACCUCAAGGCAGAACAUGUCACACCAAUAACACCAGGCGCGCCACUGAUCGUGACUGACUGGCACCCGAAACUCAAUCAGAUCAUCACGGGCUCGGCCAAUGCAGAGACCCAUGUCCUCUACAACCCGUCGAUGUCUCAGCGCGGCGCGGUAGACGUGAUGAGCAAAGCGCCCAAGAAGCGACACGUCGACGACAACCCGGCAUUCACGAUGGAUCAGACGCUCGGCUUGUCGGGCGACAGCAUCAUCGCGCCAGGGGCCCUGUCUGCCCAGCAGCGCAAGGCGGGCGUUACGGGCACUGGGAAGUCGCUGGAUCCGCGUAGGCCGCAGGUGCAGCAGAUCACGCCAUUCAUGCGCAGCCAACCGGACGAGAAGCACAUUGAGGAGAAUAUCCCGCUCAGCAAGAUGCUGCACGAGGAUCCCAGGGAGGCGUUGCUCAAGUACGCAGAUGUCGCCAAGAAGGAUCCGUUGUUUACGAACGCGUGGAAGGAGACACAACCGGUGACCCAGUACGCGGAUAUCAGUGACGAAGAGGAAGAGGGGCCGGAUAAGAAGAGGGUGAAGAGAUAG